GGCCAGCAGCUCACACAACGAUCGACCGACGUUAGCCACUGGCGACGAUGACAACGACCACAUCUCCUAGAGAAACCACACAGACCACUUUCACGGUUCGCAAGAUGACGGGCCGCCGAAUCUCCAAGCUAUCCACAGUCGUGCUGUUCUGCGCCGCCUUGCUGCUGACCAAGUCCUGCGGCAUCCUGGCGCUCAGCGGCGACGGUUCGGCGCCAUCCCAGGAUGUGGCCCAGGCGGAGCUCUGGAGCGAUGCCACCACCACCACCAUUCAGCCAAGCGAGGAGGGCAGCGGAUCCGGUGGCUGGGAACUGACCACGGAGGCGGAAACCACCAUACCGAGUGAGGAAACCACUGCUGGCGAUGAGGAGACCACCGUUUCCGAAGAGGAGACCUCCACGGACGCCUCUGGCGAUGUAGAGACCACCACUGCUGUGCCGGAAUCUUCACCAGCUGCCCAGGAGAGCUCUUCCGCUGCCGAGGAGACCACAUCCGCUGCCGAAGAGACCACAUCCGCUCCCGAGGAGACCACUUCCGCUCCCGAGGCCAGCUCUUCUGCACCCGAGGAGACCACUUCCGCACCCGAGGAGACCACUUCCGCACCUGAGGAGACCACUACGGCUCCCGAGGAAUCCACAUCCGCUCCUGCAGAGCCAGAGAGUUCCAGCUCUUCCUCUCCAGCGGAACCCGAGAGCACCAGUCCUUCCACGCCGGCAGAUACCACCAUUGCACCCACGCCGCCCACUUUCAAGUGCCAGACGGCCGGACUGUUCCCACACAUCAGUGGCGACUGCAGGCGUUACCACAGCUGCCUGUUGAAUCCCGUGCUGCGACAGCUGCAGGACAUCGAGCUCAUCUGCCCGGAACUGACCGUCUUCUCGCCGAGCCUGGGCAGAUGCGUGAGGGACUUGGCCGAGUGCCUGGAGGAGGGCUUCCAGUGCCUGGCCGUGGGCAGGUUCGCCGGACUGGAUGAGACCUACUACUACAACUGCGUGGCCAGUUUGCAGGGCGGCUUCCACAAGUUCAUCGUGCGCUGCUCCAGCGGCCAGAGGUUCGAGCCACUGUUCGGCGGAUGCUGGCGCUACGACUGGACACAGAUCGUGCCCGGACAGGAGGCGAACGAGAUCAGCGACCUGGCUGCCAUCAAGCGGGAGCUGAAGCUGUACAAGGCCGAGGCCAAGCUGCGCCUGAAGGCCCAGAAGGAGCAGGAGAAGCUGGCCAAGAAGCAGCAGAAGCUGGAGGAGAAGGCCGCCAAGAAGGCGGCCAAGGAGCUGGCCAAGCAGCAGGCGAAGGCCGAGAAGGACAAGGCCAAGGCCGAGGCCAAGGGCGAAUCCAUCGAGAGCGCCGAGUCCGCGGAGUAACUUCCUCCCAGCUCCGAGCUUCGAGCUCCAGCUCCUUUUCUUCAGAUAAACUCUUCCAUCUAUGUUGGUCCCUUGCUCUAGUCUAGUGAAAUUAUCCUUCCUUAUUUUGUAUACCUAUUUUUUUUUUGUUUUGUGGUGUGAAUAAAUAUUUAAAAUUA